UGGAAGGGUGAAUUUGUCAUCUGUGGUUCAAACCCUAGUCUCUCCGAGCUCUCUCACUCUGACUAUAUACCGAAGCUUCUUCUUCUGCAUGCAGUCGCAUUUCGCGAGGCACCCACUUGGUGAUCUCACCAUUUCUGUCUCUUUCACACUCACCGGCCUUUACAGGUCGGACUUUUCUUCUUCUUUGAUUUCAUUUCAUGCAUUAUUUCCACUCUGUUUCUCUACUUACUGAGAAUAUUCAAGUUUGUUGGAAAGAAUUUUAGUUCGUUUUUGCUUCUUAACUCAUUAUGUGGCGAUCUACGUUGUUUUUAAUGGCAAUCAUAGUGUAAUUCCACUCUUAUGAUUGUGUUCGUCAUGUUCGGGCUCUGUAGCUACUGAGUAUUUGUUGGAGGUGUAGGGUAUUUUGUUUGUUGUUGGAGAUCAUUGUUAUUACUAACUUCAGGAAGAUCUCUGAAAAGUGAUUUUUUUUUUUUUUUUUAAUUUUCUUAGUCUUGUGGAGAGAUUGAGAAUAGGUUGUGUCUCUUACACUCAGCUCAUUAUAUGCUUCUCGGUAUAUUUCUUGUAAUAAUAUUCUGUGCUAUUGGUGUGGUUGAUGCAAAGUGGGGAAUCUCAAAGGUCGAAAACUUAAUGGUGUGAUUGUAGUUAUCCUAUUUAUAAAGGAGAAAGAUAUCCUAAUAAUUUCUUAGAUUCACAAGCACGAGUUUGUACCAAAAAAUGUUAUACUGAAAGAAUCCACAGAUAGUGAAGAGUGGAGCUCUUCCUUUUAUCUGGUACAAAGUAGGUGGGCCAAAUGUUAUAUUUGGAUGUUUACUAAAUUCUUCCUUUAGAGGAGAAAGACUAUUGGUCUCGGGGUGGACUAUUUGGAAGCUAUAACCGUGAUAAGUAUGGUUAGGUUCCGUUUGUACCCUUGGAUUUCGACAUAUUUUAUGGCAUACGUUGUAUUGGCUCACCACAUGCUGGUCCCCAUCUGAGUCUCUACGAUGGAAGAUUCCUCACACCAGUCAUCGGUGUUUCAGAAGAUAUGUGGCCAUUCUUACCUCACUUCUAGACUCUCCCCUGACCUUCACUCCGCACGGCUGACCGGUGUAUUUGCUAAUGGUGUUUUGGAGAAUCCCUUGAAGACAGCUUAUCAUGGGACUGGCUUGGUUGGAGUUUCACCCACUUCUCCUUUUCUGGUACAAGCUCCUUCUGAGAAAGGUGCAGCUGGCUUUGCCGUGGAUUUUCUUAUGGGAGGAGUAUCUGCUGCUGUUUCUAAAACAGCUGCUGCUCCAAUUGAGCGUGUCAAAUUGCUGAUCCAAAAUCAGGAUGAGAUGCUUAAGACUGGUAGGCUAUCUGAGCCAUACAAAGGAAUCACCGACUGCUUUGCCCGAACAAUUAAAGAUGAAGGAGUCAUAUCUCUAUGGAGGGGAAAUACUGCAAAUGUUAUCAGAUACUUCCCCACACAAGCUUUGAAUUUUGCCUUCAAGGAUUACUUCAAGAGGCUGUUCAACUUCAAGAAAGACAGAGAUGGUUACUGGAAAUGGUUUGCUGGGAAUUUGGCCUCUGGUGGUGCUGCUGGUGCUUCAUCUCUUUUAUUCGUUUAUUCCCUUGAUUAUGCUAGAACUCGUCUGGCCAAUGAUGCUAAGGCUGCUAAAAAGGGUGGCGAGAGGCAGUUUAAUGGUCUUGUUGACGUUUACAAGAAAACCCUUAAAUCCGAUGGCAUUGCUGGGCUGUAUCGUGGAUUUAACAUCUCUUGUGUUGGAAUUAUUGUGUACCGUGGUCUUUACUUUGGAAUGUAUGAUUCAAUGAAGCCCGUAGUUUUGGUUGGCGAUUUGCAGGAUAGUUUCCUUGCUAGUUUCUUGCUUGGUUGGUGUAUCACGAUAGGAGCUGGUUUGGCUUCUUACCCAAUCGAUACUGUUCGCAGAAGAAUGAUGAUGACCUCAGGCGAAGCAGUCAAAUAUAAUAGCUCAUUGGAUGCAUUCAAACAGAUCGUUAAGAAUGAGGGAACCAAAUCUCUCUUCAAGGGUGCUGGGGCAAACAUUCUACGUGCUGUUGCCGGUGCUGGUGUGUUGGCUGGUUACGAUAAGCUUCAGCUCCUUGUUCUUGGCAAGAAAUAUGGUUCUGGUGGUGGUGGUUAAAAGAGCUUCUAAGACUGCAGGGAUGAGUGAAGAUUGCGAAGUUUCUCAUAAGUUAUCUCUGAGUGUUUGUUGUUUGUGUUUGAGCUUGACAUAGUGAUUGACUUUUGCUAACAUCUGCCAUGUGCAGAAAUGUUUGUAUUUUGCUGCACAUAUCAUAAGGAACACGGGCACUCUGUUCUUAGCAGAAUGUCGGUCUCGGAUACUGCUUUUGGUGUAACUUCUUUUAUAAUAUCAUUCACGUUUGCUUUCAA